AUGACUUCAAACAUAGCAGAGUCGAUCAAUUCUACAAUCACAGCUGCAAGAUCGGUUGAAGCAAUAACUACUAUACUAUACCAAGUAAAAGUGCCAAACAAAGGGGAUUUUACUAUAAACUUACUUGACAAGACAUGCACAUGUAGAAGGCUCCAACAAGAUGAGAUACCAUGUGCACAUGCAAUAGCAGUUUUUGCUAAAAGAGGACUAAAAGCUUAUGACUAUGUUGCUGACUACUAUAAAACAUCAAGUAUGAGAGCAACAUAUGAUACAACCGUACAUCCUCUACCUAAUGAAAGUGAAUGGAGACUACCUGAGAGCUUGGAGAAGAUUGUGAUGCCACUAAAAACAAAAAAGAUCUCAGGGAGACCUAGAAAAAAAGAAUCAGAUCUAGAGGAGAACCAAAAGUUAUAA